CACUAUAUAAAAGCGAUAGAGCUUCCAAUUCUUUGUCAUUCGAUAGGCAGCGCAACCAACAAAAAGUCAGCGAUUUGCGUUUAAAGAAUUUUAACUUGAAGAAAACCUUAAACAUGUCCAUACCGAAGAAGCACUUUAAGAAAGGUACGCCCAAACCGGAUAUCCCAGAGGAUGGCGUCUUGCGGUACUACACGAUGCGCUUCUGCCCCUUCUCGCAGCGCGCCCACCUGAUGCUGGCCGCCAAGAAGAUUCCGCACCACACGGUGUACAUUGAUUUGAGCGAGAAGCCCGAGUGGUACACCGACUACAGUCCGCUGGGCAAGGUGCCGGCCAUCCAGUUGCCGCAAUUGCCGGGCAAGCCGACGCUGGUGGAGUCCCUGGUGAUUGCCGAGUACCUGGAUGAGGAGUACCCGGGCGAGCGCUCGCUGUUUCCCAAGGAUCCGCUGCAAAAGGCCCAGGACAGGAUACUCAUUGAGCGCCUGUCGCCUGCUGUCAGUGCCAUUUAUCCGGUGUUCUUUACCACAGACCCGCCAGCGGAUGCACUGAAGAACUUUGAGGUCGCCUUGGAUGUGUUCGAGGAGGAGAUCAAGAAGCGCGGCACGCCCUACUUUGGCGGCGAUAAGAUCGGCAUUGUGGACUACAUGAUCUGGCCGUGGUUCGAGCGCUUCCCCGCCCUCAAGUACACGCUGGCCGAGCCCUACGAGUUGGACCCGAAACGCUUUGCGAAGCUGUUGAGCUGGCGCCAGCUGAUGGAACAGGAUGAGGCUGUCAAGGCGACUGCACUGGAUGCCAAGGUGCAUUCCAAGUUUAUGCGCACCAGGCACGAGGGCAAGACCAACUAUGACUUGGCAUUCGAGCCGUUGUAGAGGAGCAUCCGGCGGGGGAGUAGAUUGUAAAGCAGAGAUUAAUGAAUUGGAUUCUGAAUCUACAAUAAAUGUAGCCUUCAAA